CCACAAAAUGCCCCGCGGUUGAGCCACUUGACCCAUCUUUCUUUGGCAGCAGCAACCAACAGAACGCAACCAUCCACAGUGUAGCCAAAAAGCAGCUCACACUACAUCACAUCACUAGGACAAUGCCCAAGUGAUGAUUGACGUAUCUCCCGCGUAUUUUCUUUAUGGAGCGGCCAGCGUUCUCCUCUUGAUUCCAGCUCCCCGCCUUGUAUUCACUCAUUCCAAACCACCCUCGACGAUUCACCAAGGCCCGCCGGCGUAGAGUCGUCUGUCUUCCUUCAAACAUUGCUCUCAGUAUUGAUUGAUACUUUUCCUCCACCGAGGCGCGACCAACCCAGCCCAGACGAGGCAGCUACCGAGAGCUGAAUCCUUCCGACGCAAUUUAUGCCAACAAUCUCUCACGAGGCUCACCAGACCCUACCCUAGCCUGACCCGAAUCUACCAUCCGCGAUGGCUUCCAACGGCCUGGCCGAUACGGCGGCAUUUGCGUCUAGCCAAGUGCUGGAAGCAAUGCUCACUAUGCGAAGCAGUGACUCAGACAGGAAGAAGAAGGCCCACGAAUACCUCGAGAGCUUUCAGAAAUCGAGCACCGCAUGGACUACAACCAUAUCGAUACUACAGUCGGAUGCCGAAGCUGAUGCCAAGCUUUUUGCGGCGACGACUCUCAGAGGCAAGAUUACCUUCGACCUCUCAACCCAAGUAUCCGCCGAAGAACAUAUCGCCGUAAGAACGCAGAUUUUGGAGCUGCUGAAGCUUUAUGCGCCAGGACCCAAGCCCAUACGAGUUCAGCUUUGCGUGUGUCUGGCCAUUCUGGCUAUCCAGAUGAAAGAGUGGAAGGAUGUACUCCCUGUCGUGGCAUCCUCCCUCGGCGACUCAGUCGAAAGCCAUGCUUGCAUCUUGGAUUUCCUCCGGGUUCUCCCUGAAGAGGUGACCGAGGGACGCAAAAUCACCCUGACAGAAGACGAACUCACUCAAAGAACCACGGAGCUACUGGCGGAUAAUGCGCCACAGGUCGUACAGCUCUUAAUCAACUACGCACAUUCUUCACCCGCCGCUGCUAUGAAUCCACAGCUGCUGGAGUGCAUAACCUCAUGGUUGCGUGAGGUUCCAGUCAGUGAAGUUGUCAACUCGCCCUUGUUGGGUGUUAUUUUCAACGCCCUGGAAAACGACGGAUCAUUCCAGGAAGCGGCGGAGUGUCUGUCAACAAUGAUCAGGGAGACUAGGGAGGUGGAUGAUAACGUUGAUACGAUUCAAGUCCUCCUGCCUCGGGUCAUUGGACUGCAGCCAAAGAUCCAGAAGCUGGUUGAAGAGGAAGACACCGAGGGUUACAAAUCACUUACUCGGGUGCUCUCCGACGCUGGUAUUUCUUGGGUCGUAGCCAUCGCCCGCGAAACCACUCAUUUCAGGCCUCUCGUGGAUGCUAUCCUCGAGUGUGCCGCGAGAGAUAAGGAUCGCGACGUUAUAGAGUACACGUUCGAUUUCUGGUACGAGCUGAAGCAAUACCUCGUAUUGGAGCGAUACAUUCAGGCGCGGAUGGAGCUCCUGGACAUCUACUCCAAGUUAGUCGACAUCCUCCUGAAGCAUCUCGAGUAUCCUCAAUCCGAAACUGGCAAUGAGCGAGACCUCUUCGACGGAGACCGCGAGGCUGAGGAGAAGUUCCGCGAAUUUCGUCACCAAAUGGGAGACACGCUCAAGGACUCCUGCGAAGUCAUGGGUGUUACCGAAUGCCUGACGAAAGUCCUGGAUGCCAUCAAGUCAUGGAUGCAGAACUACGCCGGUCAAGCAACGGCAACUUCAGUGCCCCAUUGGCAGGAACUGGAAGCACCGUUGUUUUCUAUGCGCGCAAUGGGUCGCAUGGUGGAUAAGGAUGAGAAUAUUGUUCUACCCCAAAUCAUGCCUCUGCUGGUGCAUAUUCCCGCUCAUGAAAAGCUGCUUUUUGCUGCGAUCAUGGCUCUGGGACGAUACACAGAAUGGACGGCUGCUCACCCGGAAUUCCUCACCAACCAGUUCAACUUCAUUGUGAACUCAUUCCAAACGGAGUCCAAGGAAGUCACACGGGCGGCAGCCAUGGCAAUCAAAUUCUUCUGCAGCGACUGCAAGCACCUGCUCGGCGGACAACUCCUUCAGCUGCAAUUGUUCUACGACCAGAUUCUCGAUAGUCUGCAAGGAGACAGCCAGGAAGAGAUGACGGAGGGCGUUGCUAAUGUCGUCGCCGUGCAACCCAAGACGGAGAUUUACCGACUUCUGAAGAUUUUCUGCGACCCUCUGAUACAGAGACUGAUGACGAAGGCCAAUAACGCAAUGGACAAGGACGGAAAGCUCGCUGUGGCGGAUCACCUCCAACUGAUCACCAUCUUUGUCCAGAUCGUCGUCAUCCUUCCUCCCGUCGAUCGAGGCGACGAAGACCCUGCGGUCAAGUAUUGGCAGGAGACAUUUCCCAUUCUGACGAAAAUCUUGGAAAGCUUUAUCGACUUUUCCCCGAUUUGCGAAAGAGUCUGCAGAUGCUGGCGUUUUAUGGUCAUUAGCCACAGACUUGCCGUAACCCCCAUCUUGCAAGACAUGGCCAACAAGCUGGCCAGCGGGUUCGAGACCUCUAGACAAGGCUGCUUCCUUUGGGUGACUGGUGCCAUCCUCCGAGAAUUCUCGGACGACCGAGAUCACGUCGACCAGAACGUUACGGAAUUCAUAUAUGCCUUCUUUGAAGCACAAGCCACCAACGUGCUGCGGUUUUUGAGUAAUCUGUCACCCCAGAUGCUCCCAGAUGUCGCCGAAGACUUUUUCCGCCUCCUAAUCGACGCUCUCCUUUACUACCCCCACAAGCUCAUUCCAUCGCCCCUCUUCAGACCCAUCCUGGAGGCAGCCAUUUCGGUUCUUGGCUUGGAGCAACGUGAGCCCCUAUCCGCAACCCUUCAUUACAUCCGAGAUCUCCUGGCGUGGGGUGGCAGGAAUCCAUCAUCCUCGGAGCAUCUUACUCCAGACGUCAUCGAUCAAUUGAGGAGUAUCGUGAAGCAGUUGCUACUCGCUCAAGGAGACGUUCUUGUACAACGCGUGCUCGCAGGAAUGAUGAUCACAUUUCCACGAGACUGCUUCGCCGAUGGCAGCGGGGCCUUACUCACCUUGUUUGAGAUUCUCCCCACCCAGACGACCACAUGGGUCGACCAGACCAUCCGGAUGCUACCUCAGGGCACCGUCACGCCCGCCGAAGCUGAUAGGUUGAUGUUGAAGAUCAAGGAGCGACUGGGCGCCAAUGACAGCGGCGCUGUUCGACAGAUUCGCUCUACACUACAAGACUUCACCAACACGUAUCGUAGGCGGUACGUGGCGCCCCGAGAUGGGCUUGGACAAUUGGAAGCAGCCCGCUUCCGUUUCGCUGGCUAGUUGCCACAGAAACUACGUGGCAACUUUCUCGUCGAGGCUGAAACCUCAUUGGUAUGUGACCCGCUAGUACAGCUACAAGCAGACUGGUUGUGAACGAGCCUUCCGACCAGGAGGAUCGAUGGUAUGGGAGGAUUAGAUACUGGUAGAAGAAGUAGAUAGCAUGCUCCCUGCAUCUUCAGGGUGGCAACGAUAGGAAGGCAAAUGACGAGCAUUUGCAAAACGGGACGUGGGCGGAACGAAAUGAUGAAUUGAGGAGUUGGUGGGCCUAUGGGAGAGAGUUGUAUGUGCAGUCACGGGAGGUGAUCAUGAAGGGACAGCGGCAGACCCGGCUUGUAUAUACUUCACAUAGCCCCUCGCUGUGGCCGGUUAGCGGAGAGGCAGCGCACCAUGGUACUAGUUCUCAACGAAGGAAUCCUCAGUAUGGUACAUUAUCGAUCAAAUUGUAUUACCCGCAUUGCAAUAUAACAAAAUACCAGGGAGAUUUAUCCG